UGGAUGUUUGAAAUGUCACAUCGGACAACCCAACCAUUUCGAUCCAAACAUCAUCGCAAGUCCCAUAAAAUCGUACUCGGGCUGAUAAUUGGCUUGUUCCAGACGGUAGCUCUUUUCCUGGUUCUUUACUAUCAGUUUGACGUAAGCCGAAGAACCACUUGCAUCGUGACCGCCAUUUCGGGCACACUCUUUACCAUCCAGUCCUGUCGCAGUUCCGACUUUCAGUGUGUGACGCUACUGAUGGUACCUCAGAUAUUGAGCAAGCGGGGUCGCACUGCAAGCGUGGCCUACGCUUUCGUACUGACCAUGAAUGGACCGGCAAGGAAUACGAUUGCAAAUGUGGACGUGCUGGGCCAGGCACUGAGCUGUAGCCAGGAUCGCCUGAAGGCGGCCGUUCAAGAUGCCCUUCAGGCACUGAAGGCUCCCUUCCUAGCAAUGAAGAGAACAAUCAAGAUGAUCCUCAGUGAGGUGGAGAAAGCGUUUAUGAAAGUUCAACGGGUAUUGAUGGAUGUAAUGAGGCUUGUUAAACGUAUUUUGCACACCAUCAAGGCCGGUUACGAGUGGUUGGCUAAUAUAGCUGCGGUUUGUAAUAAGAAGAAUGGCACGCCGUUUGAUCAAUGCAUUCGAGCAUUAGAAUCGGCGGUGGAGGAUUGCAAGCAAAAACUGGGACCGAUGGAUUUCAUGUGUGAAGUAACACAUGUAGCCAAGGUGGUUUGCUAUAGCGUCAAAGUUGUGGACUUGAUUUGUGAGCUAAUCGAUUUCGCUAGUAGUUAUAUUGUGGACGAGAUUGAAAGGAGACUCGAGAAGUUUAUUCAUGAUAUCCAGGUUAUGUUUUUUGUAGAGGUGGACUUUGAUCAUUCGUUUGAGUUCAAAACCAAUUUUUCAAAAAACUACUCGGAAAUAGCUACAGAUAUUACCAAGGAAAUCAAACAUCGGAGUCGAUAUAUCUUUACUAUUCUCAAUAUUUUUACUAUUGUUUCAAGUUUAUUUUUAAUUUGCGUUGUUAUUAGGGCAGUAAGAUACAAAAUGAAGUACCUGACUCGGGACAGAUUUGACAAUGUCUACAUUAGCCGAGAUUUCAUUGCCAUAGAUGAACAUCGUCGAUCGUUAAACAUGGAUACGAUACUUCCUCUGACUAGGAAAGAACGGAAUCGGUACAUCCGCCUGACCUCCCUGUCCCUCAUCCGAAAGGAAAAAAUACGAAUCGCCCGCAAUGCAUUGUUCCUGUUCAUCUCCACAAUACACAUCCUAGGACUUAUUGCGACCGAUUAUUGCCUUUACUGGCUUUUGGCGCUAAUUCAGCGUAUCUACCUUCGUCUAGGCGGUAUUGAAAAACCUCCAAUGGUGACACUGGAGGUUGGUGGAUUCGGUAUCGUUGCCGAUUUGUACCGAGGUAUCGUACGAGCGUUUGAACCCGUGGUAAAACAAGUGGACGCAUUGAAUCCUGCGCGUUGUGCACCUGAUCCAAAGGUCCCCAACUUUGGUCGGUACGUGCAGAUCGGCUUACUCUUGCUGUUUUGCUGGAUCUGCAUCGUGAUGGAGCCCUACGGCCUUCGUGUCCGUCAAUUGGUCAUGAGGGCGUACUUCCCGGAUAGAGCAAAGGAAAGGGCUUCUUGGUUGUACAAUGAUAUCUUACUGAAACGGGAAUCUUUCGUCAAGAUCCUUCGACGCCAAUUGGGAAUGAAAAAAGGAGAUUCCAAACCGAAACGAUUGAUUGACAUCAUCAGGGCGAAGACUAACCGAAUCUGGAUUUGUCGCAAGAUAUUGGGAACGAGCGGGAGCGGAAAGUAUUGCAUUUUCUGUGGUGAACGCACUGAUGAGAAUGAAGCAGUUAGCUGUAUUAGGCCAGGUUGCGGUGGCAUAUAUUGUUACGAAUGUUUUCUAGAAAUUGAGAAUGUUUGUACGAUUUGUUCAGAACCGAUUGAUCCUAGUGAUCAAAGUGAUAUGUCAAUAGAAAGAGAUUCUUCCGAAGAUAAUUUUGAAGUUUAAUAAACAAUAAUUACACCAUGAGAUUGAUUUAUUAGAUAUUUUUUGCCAAACAGAAAAUAUAUCAUAUUUUGCACACUUUAUGAUAACUUACUGAAAUGAAUAUGUAAGCAAAUAGAUGAAU